CACGCCCGUCUCUCCAGGGUUGUCUCUCGUCUCUCCCCUGGUGUAGCUGCCCAGCAUGGCCGUCGACCCUGUUCCGAUAGAGACAAUGCACGAGGACAUGAUCCACGAUGCUCAACUGGACUAUUACGGCAAACGCCUCGCCACAUGCUCGUCAGAUCGUACCGUACGGGUCUUUGACGUGGUAGAUGGCGAAUCCCAACGAUCUGGUGGCGGACAAACAUUGAAGGGGCACACUGGGCCUGUGUGGCAGGUCGCAUGGGGGCACCCGAAAUAUGGACACAUCCUCGCAUCUUGCUCAUACGACGGCAAAGUUCUCAUUUGGAAGGAGGAGCCUAGGCAAGGACCGAACCCGGGCGGCUGGACGAAGAUCAAGGAACAUAGCCUACACAGCGCCUCUGUGAACUCUGUCUCCUGGGCUCCCCACGAGCUCGGUGCCAUGCUCGCGUGCGCCUCCUCCGACGGCAAAAUCUCCGUCCUAUCCUUCAAAAACGAUGGCCAAUGGGGCGCAGACAUAUUCAACGGCCACGCGAUCGGCUGCAAUGCAGUCUCCUGGGCGCCCGCGACGCAGCCCGGCUCGCUCAUCGCGCCUCAGCAGCCGACUCCGCCAGGCGCGAACCCGAGCUCUCAGGGCGUGAAGCGCUUCGCGAGCGCGGGUUGCGACAACCUUGUCAAGAUCUGGGGCUACCGAGAGGACACGCAGUCUUGGAUCGAGGAAGAGGUGCUCGAAGGACACACCGACUGGGUGCGCGACGUCGCUUGGGCGCCGAACAUUGGCUUGCCUAGGAGCUACAUCGCUACCGCCUCGCAGGACAAGACGGUUCUCAUUUGGACGAAAGACACCCCGACCUCUCCCUGGCAAAAGACCGCGCUCGACCCCUCCGCGGCCGUCGCGCCCUCUCCGUCGCCAACCAAGACCGGCUCACCCGGAAAGUUCCCCGACGUCGUCUGGCGCGUCUCGUGGAGUCUCGCAGGCAACAUCCUCGCCGUCAGCUGCGGCGAUGGGAAAGUCACGCUGUGGAAGGAGAACUUGAAGGGUGGAUGGGAGUGCGUCAGCGAUAUGAAUAGCUGAGCGGUGUUUAAUAGAGAUUCUGGAUUCUCCCAUACCGGUGAUGACUUCCUUUUCUUGAGAAGCCGGCUUCGUCCACAUCGGCUUUAUACCGAAUAAAUAUGUUUUGACUAC